GCAUUCGCAUGUUGGCCUCGGCUUCCCAGCAAUGGGUCAAGCAUCAUUGGCCACGUUCUAUGUCGUUUUUGCCAUUCUCACGAUCUACCUCAACCUAGAGUCUAUCGGCACCUGGAAUGCCAACGCCGUUUUCCGAACCAUCUCCUCAGCAUUGUCUGGCAUUCCGUUCGAGACUUCGCAGAAUGACACCAGGCACCUGAGCGAGGUACAGGAUCCCGAGCAAGUGUAUUUCUGGCUAAAGUCCUCUUUCAAGCCCGCGGUUUUCGGCGAACAAGAGUCCAUGUCGAUUCGAGCUGGCUGGGGAAACCUGUCACACUGGAGCUACAACAUGACUCCAGCGACCAUUGGCAGCUUCAACCGCAUACUACUGACACGCUUCACCUUCAAGCGCUGGGCUGUGGAGCCGGUAGUUGGACAGUUUCAAUCCACCACCCCGCGUCGACUUGCAGGUAGCUCGAUGAAGCUUGAUCCAUUUUCUGUCAAUACAGCAGAGGACAAAGCCACCCUGUGCUUGCCUGGGACAAAUAUGUCCUCAGCCAAUCUUACAGAGGAAUGCUUCCAGUGGGCAGAGCUCAGUAGCUUCGACAACUGCGGAGGCUACACUUCCUUCUUUGACCCCAUGGACGGUUCGUCGGCAUACGAUGCGCUCUUGGAAAAGAUGUAUCAAACUGGGGUGUUCGACUUGCGACUGGGCACCUUCACUGUUGACUUCAUCGUCUAUAAUGCCAAUGUUGAGAUGUUCAUGCAGUACGUUCAAAUUUUCAAGUUUGACUUCUCUGGCGGUAUCCAGAUGCAGCAGAUUGCACGGAGCUUCAACUUGAACGUGUUCAACACGUCUGAGUCAAAGUACAUGAUGUUUUACGUCAUAAGAGUCACCUGCGUCGUGAUGUUGGUCAUCUUUCUUCUCAUUGAGUUCCGACGGAUGUGGGACCUCGGCUUUUUUGCCCACUUCAGGCGACAGGGUGCUGUCACCGACAUGGUGUCCAUCACUAUCUCUCUUGGUGUGUUCCUAUCCUAUUGGGUGAUUGAGCAAAUGCCGCCGUUCAAGUCUUUCCAGUUCCAGGACUUGGUGGACGUUAACACUAGGGCGGCAACAUACGUCUCCCUGUGCGAUGUAGCGAGGACUCUGCAGGACCAAGGCCUGCUAAUAGCAUUCAAUCUGCUGGUGGUGAGUUUGCGGACUGUGAGCCUGGUCUCGGGGCUGCACAGCAACCUGGGCCUGAUUUUGAAGGUGAUCGGCGUUUCCCUGCCCAACUUCGCAGCGUUCAUCACUUUGUUCUGCAUGCUGCAGAUGGGCUUUGUGCUGAUGAGCUACUUCGCCUUCGGAUCAGGGUACGCAGGCAUGAGCACCCUGGGGCUCUGCAUCUACAGAAGCUUUUCCAUGUUGAAUGGUCAAGUGGUCUUCAAUGAAAUUGUGCGUGUGGAUGAAAUCCUUGGCGUGAUCUACUUUUUCUCCUUCUACGUCCUGUUCUACCUGGUGUUGAUCAACAUUUUUGUGACUCUUUUGAUGAGUGGCUAUGAUGUUGUGGAUUAUGAGCUCCAAAAGAAGAACCAGAACGAGCAGGAGAAGAAUCCCAUCGUGCUCAUCUUCGAGGAGCUGAAGGCCGAUGUGGUCGGAAACAUCCUCAAGUAUGGCACCACGGUCAUCAAGUAUGUUCGAAUUUGCUUGGACCCGAUUGUGGUAUCCAUCAAGGCCUGUUGCUUUUGCUCGCUGCCGAGCAUUCCAACCAACUUCAGGGGAGCCAAACGACAAGCGACGCUGAACGACAUUCAGGUGGAGCAAGACACAUCGGAGGACCCAGACCCGAGUGGGCAGUUUAGACACAACCUGGUUGAGUUCUCGAGCAUGAUCGUCUUCAUGGCUGUCUGGAUCUUGCUCAUGACGCUACAGGGCCGCGGCAUGGACUGCUUCUUCAUCUCCCAGGCCACACUGAGGGAGAAUGCUCUGCAAGUCAUGUUCAAAGAGCAGAGCGACACCAAGACAUUCGACAGCAUCCAGACCUUUGAAGACGUGAAACUCUGGGCAGACGCUGCCAUUGUUGGGCUCUAUGAUGACCCGGUUUGCGCUGAAGCGACUGGCGGCAGUAGUACGGCUUGGUCAGAGGGCUCAUGCUCCAACAGCAACAACUCGCAGCAACUGGUGAACCGCGUGGCCGACUGGAAUAUCGGCUUUCUGAACACGACCUUCGUGCGUGUCAGCAUCCAGCCAGCCUGCUUUGUGAAGACUUCGUCUCAGUGGUCUGCCGGGUCACCUACGCUGAGGAAGACACCCAACGUCGAGUGCUGGAGUUCUGUUUGCACCGACGUGUUCACUUCAGAGCCGUGCAGAACCGCAGAUGGAGACGAGCUGAAUGUACAGAUGCUCUCCAGCGCCAUCAACAUGACAUCAACACUACCGGACACCUUCAGCUUUGGAUACCAAUCUCCUGGGCAAGACUUGGGGCCUUACCGCAUGCUCGGGGGGCUUGCUUUCAGCCUCGGGGUAACCAUUGAGGAGUGCCAAGAAAUGCUCUUGCUGCUGGCUGCGGACAGAUGGUUCACCGAGAAUUCCGCGUCUAUGGUCUUUGACUGGAUGAGCUACAACGGGAACAUGGACCUGUUUACGCACAAUGUGGUUGCAUUUAGCCUGAUGGAGACUGGUGUGAUGACGAAGACAGCCUUAUCGCAGACGUUUCCUAUGAACAUUGAUUCAGGAGGUGGUUACUUCGAGCUUCAGACACUGGUCAUGGUGCUGUUUGGCUUGUACGUGGUGCUGCUGCUGUAUCACAUCGUUGAGAUGAUCAAAAUCGUUUGCAUGAAGGUGAAGAAGUCACGCUCGCAGAAAAAGACAGCCUGGAGGUUCAUGGUCGACUUCUUUUCGGAGUCAUGGAAUGUAGUAGAUUCCAUGUCCCUGCUCAUCUCGCUUGCAACCUUCGUGUCCUUUCUGAUCUUCGUUUUGGACAGCUUUCGCACGACCUACAGAUUUAGCAUGGAUGACACUGCCAAGUACCCUGUGCCGAACGACGAUGUGAAGCUUUACGAAAUGCAGCAGGCUGUGAACCCUGUGCGCAACUUAGAGGACGACUGGUACUUCUUCAAGGAGUUUGAGAAGAUUCAAGGUAUGUACUUUUUCUUUUUACAGUUGGCGGCGGUGAAUAGCGUGUUCAUUGCAGUGAAGACCAUCAAGAUUGUCAACAGGUUUCGCAUGUUGAAGAAAUUCAGCGAUACUCUUGCAAAUGGCAAGAGCCGGAAUCUGUACUUCAUCAUUGUCAUCAAGCUGCAGAUGUCGGGCUUUGCGCUAGCCAUGACGGUGCUCUUUGGCACAAUGGUGGAGGACUUCAGCGCGCCCAUAAACACAAUGGGCUCGCUGCUCUUCUGGCUCUGCGGGAGCUCGGAGCUGGAGCCCUUGCUGAAGGUCCACCCGGCCCUUGCCGUGGUGUUCUUCGUGGCCUUCUUGGUGAUCUUUCGCUUCAUCAGCACCAACAUGUUCUUGGCCACGCAGUUGAACACCUUUGCGGAGCUGGUCGGAAGGAGCGACAUUGCCGAGGCCAAGAAAGAGGCAGCUGCCAAACUGGGCGCGAAGCAAGUGCGAUUCCCAAGCAAAAACGAACUGGAGGCGAACCUGGAGCUGGAGCGCCAAGCAGAGAAUCAGGUGGUUGUGAAGCGAAUCCUUGGAUCUGGGGCUGCUGUGAAAGCCAAUGUCAAAGUUGGAGACGUCGUGUCCAAGGUGAACAAACAGAAGAUUGAUUGGGCAACAUACCUCCCCGACGAGGACGAUGAUGAGCAUGUCGAGCGAGCUUUGGAACCAGAAGCAGAUGGAUCCGUCACCCUCAUGUUCCAGGAUCCUCCAAACAGGGGGCUGCUGGCAAAAUUCACGCAGGCAUGCUGCAGCUGCGGCCAGCGUCAGAAGGUCAAGCCAGGCCGAAAACAUCAGCAGCAAGCUUAUGCAAAACAUCCGUUUAUGAGGCCAACAGUGCGGAACUUCUGGAGAUCUCAUGGUGCCAUUGCGCGUGUGGAGAAAGAAUCUGAGAUGGUGGAACACCACUCGGACGAGGAGCCAGUGAGUGGCAGUGAUGAUGAGCAGGCAGAAGGCGAGGAAAGAAUUGUGGAGGAGCACAUGCAGGAUGGUGCUCGCGCUCGGGCGCGUGCCAAGAGGAGGAUAGACGGAUUUCUCUUCUCUCGAUGGCCUGAAGCCAACAAGCCGAAGGAGAUGGGCGCUGCUGGAAUCAAUCUAGAAGAACUGGGGCGAGAUGACUCGGAGCUGUUGGAAGAGGACAUCAUCCAGGAGGGGUGGGAUGUGGAUGAGCUGACGGAUAUCAUUGAAGAAAUGCCGAUAACAGGCCAAGAGGUGUGGCUGGACUGCCUUCUGGUUGCGCUAGAGGAAGAGGUGAUAGAGGAGUCUCCUAUCAUCGAGGUCCUGAAAACCAACGGGCUGCAGGAAAUGUCCAAAGCCAAGCUGAAAGGCCCUGCGCGAGAGAGGCUGCUGAAGUUCUACCGCCGAUUAGAUCAGGUGCUCCGAAUACUGGAGAACAAGGCGUACCGGCGGUACUUCCAGAACUUGCAGCUCGAGAGCGAGCAGCGACAGCAGCUUCUGCUGCAGCAGAAUGAGGUCCUCCAUGACUAUGUGUGCGAGCUAGAGAAGGAGUUCUCCGACAUCAGCGAGACCAUCCACAAUUACAAAACCAAAAAGGAGUUGAUGCUGAAAAAGCUGGCUGGCUUGCUGGACCGGAGCGAGUACUCCAAGUUGGAUUCCAGGCGGAGCAGGAACUGAAGUAACUAGGUGCACAAAGCUGCACUUGUUCCUCGCGGAAUUAGCGCUGACUUCCCACCUGGCCCUCAUUAGACUUGGAUUUAGCUUUCGUAUCUACUAUCAGAAUCGCAGAGGAUGUCGCAAGGUGUGGGUUGUAGAAGGCUGCCGACUUGCACAGACAGGCAGCACCUGCAUGAACAAAAUGGCUCAUUAACAAUGAGCAAAAAGCGACCAGCCUCGAUAUGCUGAGAGUAUUUCACCAUGAGAUAGGAGUGUACAAAGUCAACAUUUAGGUGAUCAACAAAGUUGAUGCCCGUGCGAGACGCUAUGUGCGAGUGAAAGGUCA